AGUUCCUGCGCCCAGUUUCAUCAGUCAAAUAUUGAGUCAAAGACUAUCACUCUUUCAACCAAGCAUGCCCUCCUCUGCUCAGAACGUCGGCAUCAAAGCCCUUGAGAUCUACUUUCCUAGUCGAGUAAGUUCGCCAGGUAGCGAUGUUUCUACUGUUGCAGUUAGUAGGAACUUUGGCUAACAGAAUGCAGUAUGUCCCCCAGACCGAGCUAGAGACAUUUCUCGGAGCCAGUGCAGGGAAAUACACCAUCGGACUAGGUCAGCAGAACAUGAGCUUCUGUGAUGACCGUGAAGAUCUUUACUCUCUUGCCCUGACCGCCGUAUCCUCCCUUCUCCGCAAGUACUCGAUCGACCCCAACACCAUCGGGCGUCUCGAAGUGGGAACUGAGACUCUGCUGGAUAAAGCCAAGUCCUGCAAGACGGUGCUGAUGCAGCUGUUCGGCGAUAACACUGACAUCGAGGGCGUCGACACAUACAACGCCUGCUAUGGCGGGACCAACGCCCUGCUCAAUGCAGUAAACUGGGUCGAGUCUUCCUCCUGGGAUGGCCGCGACGCCAUCGUCGUGGCGGGGGAUAUUGCCCUGUACGAAACGCCAGCGGCGCGUCCCACAGGUGGUGCAGGCUGCGUGGCCAUGCUUAUCGGUCCGGACGCCCCUCUGGUGCUGGAGCCGGUCCGGGGUUCCUGCAUGAAGCAUGUCUAUGAUUUUUACAAGGCGGAUUUCAAAUCCGAGUACCCGCUCGUCGACGGGCAGUUUUCCAACACCUGCUACCUGGGUGCCCUGGACGCAUGCUACCAGCGGUAUCAGACCAAGCAGCGCGCGCGGAAAGAAGCAAAGACGAAUGGGACAGCCAUCAGCAAUGGUCACAAGGGCAGUUUCCUGGAUACGUUUGACUAUUUCGCUUUCCAUGCGCCAAACUGCAAGCUCGUCGCCAAGGGGUAUGGCCGGUUGCUGUUCAACGACUUCAAAUUAGAGCCGGGGUCGUUUAACGAGGUGCCGGCACAAGUCCAAGAAGCCGACUUUACGGCGUCGCUGACGGACAAAGGCCUGGAGAAGCUGUGUGUUAGUCUCACCAAGGACCGGUUCGCCGAGCGCGUCGAGCCAUCAUUGACCGUCCCGACGAACUGCGGCAAUAUGUACACCGCCAGUGUGUAUGCGGGUCUCAUCAGCCUGAUCAGCAAUGUCCCCAGCGACCGACUGCAGGAUAAACGCAUCGGCAUGUUCAGCUAUGGGAGCGGACUGGCUAGCACAUUGUUCAGCUUCCGUGUCAAGGGCGACACGACCGAGAUAGCUCAGAAGAUUGGCUUGCAUGAUCGCUUGAGUGCUCGGACGGCAGUGUCGCCCGAAUUCUAUGAUAAGAUGUGUAAACUCCGUGAAAAGGCAUAUCAGCAGAGGAACUACACUCCCGAGGGAAGUGUCGAGAGCCUUGCCCCAGGAACCUACUUCCUGGUGCAUGUGGAUGAGGCAUAUCGACGCAAGUAUGACAUGAAGCCAUACCUCUCUAUGUGUGAGGAUCAGCAUGGACAGGCUGUUUAAAUGAAAUCAUAGUCGAGCGGGAGGAGGACAAUGAGAUCACCUUACUUCAAGGAUACUGUCAUCCAACAUGACUGGCCAAUAGGGGCACUUUCAAUGAACAAAUGGCAAAAGUUAAGAGCGGGAACAUUAAGGUACGUAGAGGACCACUGCGUAGUGCAAGUGGAACAGUGGAUCCUUACGGAGUACAACUGACAUAAUGAUCGCCAAAGAUGAAAGAUAAUUAUUGCUAAGUUACAGUGCCACAUAGCAAUUUACCGCUAAGAUUCGGAGAGUGUUGAUCAACAACGCAGCAAUUCAGACUAGCCACAGAACGG